AUGAAGGACGCGGACGCGCCCGCGCGCGCGUCGCUGUGCGACCUCCUCGAAGUCACCCGCCGGGUCAUGGCCCCGGUCGAGGCGAACGGCACGUUCUGGUGCCAGGAGGUGGACGCGCAUCAGAUGGUCGAGUGGACGCUCUCGGAACUCGCGGAGGUCGAGGAGGAGAUCCGCGCCGCGGAGGAUGCGAUGGCGACGGCGACGGCGACGGACGCGACGGACGCGACGGACGCAUCGGACGCCGACGGCGCGUCCUCCUCCCCCGGCGCGACCGGCCCAAAGUCCGAGCUCGCGGUCGCCGCGCGUAAGCGCGUCCAGGACGAGCUCGGCGACCUCGUCUUCGACGUCAUCAUGCUCGGCUGCAUGUGCGAGCGGCGCUUCGGCGCGGGCAACGCGGCGCUGGCGGGAGAGCCAAACACCUUCCGCGUCUCGCUCGCCGCCGCCGUGCGCGGCGCCGCGGAUAAGGUCAAGCGACGAUGCCCGUACUCGUUCGGUCCCGCGGCGGGGCCGUGCCCGAGCAGAGCCGCGGAGAAGGAGAGCUGGACCGCGGCGAAGCGGUUGGAGAAGGCGCACCGCGCGGGGGGGCCGCCGCCGCCGCCCGCGCCGCCGACGCGGCGACGAGGGGAGGACGGAUUCGGAUCGACGACGCGUUUCUCGAGCGGCGACGGCGUUCGCAGCGGGUGGUCCGCGGGCGCGCUGACGGCGUGCGCGGUCGGGAUGAGCGCGGUCGCGUUCGCGGGCGGGUUCGCGCUCGGGGGGAAGCAGGAGACGCGCGACGCGGUCAAGGACGCCAUCUCGGGGCUCUUCAAGAAGUAA